UCGCAGCUGGUGACGCGAUGCGGCUUCCCGCGGUUCGGCUGGUGCGGCUAAGUCGGCUGCCCUACGCCGACCUGCUGGCCCUGCAGGAGCGCUGGCUGCGGCGGCUGCAGGCCGAACCAGACACUGAGGCCCGGUCGGGGACUGAGGCGGGCGCGCUCCUGCUCUGCGAGCCCGCGGGGCCCGUGUACACGUCUGGGCUGCGUGGCGGCCUGACGCCGGAGGAGACGGCGCGGCUGCAGGCCUUGGGCGCGGAAGUACGCGCCACAGGCCGCGGUGGCCUGGCCACCUUCCACGGCCCGGGCCAGCUGCUCUGCCACCCGGUACUAGAUCUGCGACGCCUAGGCCUGCGCCUGCGCACGCACGUGGCGGCGCUGGAGGCGUGCGCGGUGCGCGUGUGCGAGCUCCAGGGCUUGCACGGAGCCCGCGCGCGGCCGCCGCCCUACACCGGCGUCUGGCUCGGGGAGCGCAAAGUCUGCGCGAUAGGAGUCCGCUGUGGAAGGCACAUCACAUCCCACGGCCUGGCUCUGAACUGUUCUACAGACCUCGUGUGGUUUGAGCACAUCGUCCCCUGUGGGCUGGUUGGGACAGGCGUCACCUCUCUGAGUGAGGAGCUCCAAAAGCACGUCACUGUGGAUGAAGUAAUACCACCUUUCCUUGAGGCCUUUGAGGAGACCUACAAAUGCACAUUGAUCUCAGAGAACAGCCCCAACUAAAGGGUGUUCAUGUUAUCACAGCUGGAGGUCCUGCUUGAAAAGCACUAAGCCUGACUUGGAGUCACUGAAACCCAGAUUCUAGACCUGGUCCUACCAUUCACUCACCAUGAGACUAUGAGCAAAUUAUGAGCCCUUACCAUUGUUUC